GAUUAAUAUGAAAACAGCUGAAAUCAAAAUAAAAUCAUGGGCCGAAAAGUAACAAUUGCAGCCUCAACUCUGAAUCAAUGGGCUCUGGAUUUCGAAGGUAACCUGGACAGAAUUUUGCAGUCAAUUUUAGAAGCUAAAGAACUUGGUGCAACCUUCAGAACUGGGCCCGAACUGGAAAUAUGUGGAUAUAGUUGUGAAGACCAUUUUUAUGAAAGCGAUACUUUCCUACACUCCUGGGAAGUUUUAGCUGAACUAUUAACAGCCCCACUAUGUAAAGAUAUCUUGGUUGACGUUGGAAUGCCAGUAAUGCACAAAAAUGUAUCUUACAACUGCCGUGUCAUAUUUUUGAACAAAAAAAUCCUUCUCAUUAGACCAAAAAUGGUUCUUUGCGAUAGUGGAAAUUAUAGAGAAAGCAGAUGGUUCACUAGUUGGAAAAAGGAAAGGCAGAUUGAAGAUUUCCAUUUGCCAAGAAUGAUUUCAACAAUAACAGGUCAAAAGUUGGUUCCCAUUGGAGACGGUGUUAUUUCUACACUGGAUACUUGUAUUGGAUUCGAAAUUUGUGAAGAACUUUGGUGUUCUAGCAGCUCUCACAUUCCCUUGAGUCUUGACGGAGUUGAAAUCAUUUGUAAUGGCUCUGGAAGUCACAGUGAGUUACGCAAAGGUUAUGUUAUGGUUGAUUUGGUGAAAAAUGCCACUAUGAAGUGUGGCGGUUGCUACGUUUACAGCAAUCUCAGAGGAUGUGACGGGCAGAGGGUAUAUUUUGAUGGAGUGUCUUGUAUUGCUUUGAAUGGACAUAUGCUGACUAGAGCGCAGCAAUUCGCUCUAGCAGAAGUGGAAGUUGUAGCUGCUACCAUUGAUUUAGAAGAUAUUCGAUCAUAUAGGAAUAUGCGAAGAUCAAAUGCUCUUUUAGCAUCUUCUAGCAAGAGUUAUCCAAGGAUUUUAGUUGAUUUUUCUUUGUCUCCAGAAUAUGAUACAACUUUGCCUUCUGCUUUGCCUAUUGAAUGGGCAUUUUUGACGCCAGAAGAAGAAAUAGCUCAAGGUCCUGCUUGUUGGUUAUGGGAUUACCUCAGACGAUCUGGACAAGGGGGUUUUUUCUUGCCUCUGAGUGGUGGUGUGGAUUCUUCCAGUACUGCUGUCAUAGUUUUUUCCAUGUGCACCCUCAUCAUGAAUGCUGUACACCAAGGAGGAGAUCAAAAGUUAUUGUCUGACUUGAGAAGGAUAGUAGGAGACCCAGAAUACAUUCCAAAGAGUCCUCAGGAGCUUUGCAAUAGGUUCCUAGUUACUUGUUACAUGGCGUCAGAAAAUUCUUCUAAAGAAACCAGAACAAGAGCAGAUCACUUAGCAAAUUCCAUAGGAAGCUUUCACAUGAGCAUUAUGAUAGACAAAGCCGUCUCGGCUUGCGUGGAUAUCUUCAGUCAAAUAACCGGCAUGCUUCCCAAAUUUGCAGCAAAAGGUGGCUGUCCCAGGCAAAACCUUGCUCUCCAGAACAUCCAAGCCAGAAUAAGAAUGGUGCUGUCAUACCUUUUUGCACAGCUCAUGCUCUGGACAAGAGGCAGGCCAGGUGGGCUUCUAGUUUUGGGGUCUUCAAACGUUGACGAAACCCUGAGAGGAUAUCUGACGAAAUAUGAUUGUUCUAGUGCAGAUGUCAAUCCUAUAGGAGGCAUUUCGAAAACUGAUUUGAAAAGGUUCAUGAUCUAUGCACAAGAAAAAUUCAAGAUCAAUAUUCUCAAAGAAAUAAUCGACGCUCCACCCACUGCAGAAUUGGAACCUCUCAAACAGGGUAAAUUAGCUCAAACUGACGAAGAAGACAUGGGAAUGACGUAUGAAGAACUCAGUCAGUUUGGCCGUUUGAGGAAGAUUGAAAGCUGCGGUCCAUAUUCAAUGUAUUGCAAGUUGGUACAGACGUGGUCAAAUACCUUGACUCCAAAGCAGGUUGCCGAAAAGGUGAAACAUUUUUUCAGAUGCUACGCCAUCAACAGGCACAAAACGACAGUUUUAACUCCAUCCUACCAUGCAGAAUCAUACAGUCCUGAAGACAACAGAUUUGAUCUGCGACCGUUUUUAUACAGGGCCAAUUGGUCCUGGCAGUUUAGAGCUAUUGACAAGCAGGUGAGUGAAUUUUAUAAUAAAUAUUGCUGA